ACAUUUUGUCAUUUCCUGAUAACAUCAGUGAAGCGAAGACAGGCCGUAGCCGUAAAAAUGGCUUGUAAGUACGGACGAGCACAUUUGGUGAUCAACGUCUUGUAUUUUAUGUUAGUUUGUGGUAGUUGUUUUAGCAACCAUGACAAGAGGAUUCUCCUGAGUGACCCCGACUACGUCCAACAACAGAUGACCCACCUACAGAGUGAGCUACAGACCCUACAGGCGACGGUACAAUCACAGAAUGGUGAAUUGCAGACCCUGCAGACAACGGUACAGUCACAGAAUGUUAAAAUAUCUUCGUUGGAGCAACAACUCUCGUAUUCAAACAAUGAGACCCAGAGCCAGGCUAGAGAAAUCGAGUACCUCAAACAACUGUCUCAGGUACAUCAGGGAGGAGGAGCAUCAUUUGUGCGCUGGGGACGGACCGAUUGUCCCGCCAACUUGACGGAGCUUGUAUAUUCUGGUUAUGCUGGAGGUUCAUGGUAUUAUGACACCGGAGCAGCAGCAGAUCGCCUCUGUCUGCCACCUGAUCCAGAAUGGUUACAGACAACAGUCGUCCCAGAUGAUUAUACGGGAAGGAUUUAUGGGGCGGAGUACGAAUCUUCCAGUGGCCAUACACUAUUUGGGGACGACUCACACAACGAGGAAAUCCCAUGUGCAGUCUGUAGAUCUAAGUAUUUUGCCUCAUCUGUGAUGAUACCGGCGAGGACGACAUGCUACAGCGGCUGGACGAAGGCGUAUGGCGGGUCACUGACUUCAGGGCACUAUGGUCAUGCAGCUGCUACAGAAUAUUUGUGUGUAGAUGAGCAUGCGCAGCCUCUUGUUGGUGGAGGUAACACAAACGACGACGGUGCACUUUUUUAUGGAGUUAAAGCGUUCUGUGGCUCUCUGCGAUGUCCGCCAUACAAGGAAAACAAAUAUAUAAGUUGCGUAGUGUGCAUGAAAUAAGUAUGUCGAGAAUCGAUUAAUCAUCUUAUAAAAUUUAUACGCUAUCAAAAAGAUAAACAGCAAGGUUUUAUGAUAUCGACAUUUCUUAAUUCCGUCAGUUAUUCCUAAUCAACAUCGUUAUAUUACUGGUUCCAGUACUUGUUCAACUUAAACUUUAUCCAAAUGUUUACUUCAUUCUUAUUAUUGAUAAAAAUUUGACAACAUUUCAUCCCCAGCAGUGGAAUAAAUGGACUUUUGAUUUUGAAAUAAAUAUAUUUUGGUCAAUCAAUUCAAUAUGUGCCUGAAAAGGUAUAUUUAUAUCAGAAUAAAAUCGACCUCUUUAAGGA